AUGGAUGUGAGCGAUGAAGACAGCGACAGGGAGCUUGUUCGUGGAAGAAGCUUGGCACCAGUGAUAGCACUGAAUGCGAAACAGGGAUCUGACAGUGUCAGCCCUGUACUAGCUCCUGUGGGCAAAUCUGCCAGUAUUACAUCAGAUAAGAACGGGGAUGUGGGGGAUGUCGAGCGCGAUGACCAAAUGCGUGGAGCCCGGGUCAUCAGGUAUGAAGACACACCCUUUGUGCUGGCGCGACAGCCACCAGACAAUGUCGCUGCUAUAGAAUGGCCGUCUAUGGAUCCUCUCAAUACCCUAGGUUCGAAAGAAAGGGCCCAGGAGUCUGCAGAACACUCGUUCCUGGACAUCGGACACGAGACGUUUGUUUACGGCAGCGCUUCGGUUCCGCAGCACCACACAGUCAACGAGCUCGCCAGCGCAGAACAAACGAUCCGCCAGGGAGAACGUGCAUCUAAUGUUGAAUCGCCUACUCUCGGUCUUCUUGAUGAUGCCUUUCGUACUGGCAAAGUCUGGCGAGUAUCGUCGCUCGAAGCUAGUGUACCUGCAUCCGAGGCGCCUUUUGAUGUCAAAGACGACGAGGGCAUGUCGAGAGAUGAAAAGGCGGAUGCGGAACGCGCUUUCAGUCCUGUGUGGUUUGCUAAGAGCGACUUGCAGCUUCCGACAAGCACUCGGGAUCUUGGGAAUGCAGAUGGAAGCGCAGAAAUCCGCGCGACAACAUCUGGAGAAGAACGCGACGCGGACGCAGGCAGUCGAGUAAUGGCCGUUGGCGCGAUUGCAGCCCCAGCCCAGCAGGAAAUACGAAGACAUGGGGACCGGGAGCCUUCGCUUAGCCAUACCCUUGCGGGGGCCAGUGCUGCGGCGGCUGACAGCGACACCUCGACGCGCUCCGCGCCGCCCUCCUUAGUUGUCGACGCCGCUGAAAAGCAUACCGCCUCUAGAUCACUUGGUCCAUCAUGGGGCCGCGGACACAGCAUCAUUGAUCCACGCGUGGCUGAGCGCGCUUCCGAUGAGAUGGGGGACGAAAGCAACCUCGUCACGCCCGCCGGGCAGGUUCCGCGCAUUACCACCCAGAACGGUCCGGAGACACCCAAGGCUGGACAACCGUACAGCGAGCAUUCACGUCCCGCCAUGUCAAACAGCCACUCCCAUGGCCAGGCCAGCUUUCCGGACUUCAAGCACCAAGCACAGCAACUGCAGGUUUCAAAUAGCGCUACGGCGGCUCCAGAACGGUCAAGAUCCAUGCUCUCGCAGAUAUCUGCCAUGGUUUCUGACGAGGGAAGCAACCCUUACUCUCAAACAUCUACUGGAAGAUCAACCCCGUCAACAAUUCGUCGCAUGCAGCCAGAGUCCACCGUGAAGCCUUCGGCAGUCCCACCACAGAUUCCAGAGGAGAUUUUGAUGUCGUAUGGUGGCGACGAUGGUUUUGAUCUUUACGCAGAUCAUAACGGAGUCGUCAAGGAUGUGCAAGACGAGCAUGGCCAGCCUUUGCGACUUGGACAUCUCCAGGUGCGAGGGGCAACUACCCAACAACAGCCAUCACAGCCUUCAACUUCCGGUAUUGCGACAGCGCCAUCAUCUCGCGAUGGUGAUCGCCCAAGAUACAGUUUUGAAAGGCCAAUGAGCUUCGUCUCAGGACCUGAAGACCAAGACGGCAAACCUCAAGAUCAGAUCAACCAGACCGCAUCUGCAAAUGCAACGCAAUCUUCCCCUGUCGCUAUGCAGCAUCCAAUCACUACAUAUGGACACAGUGUACUCACCGAACCCGCUAGCAAACGUCGCACCGCCCUCGGAUCGGAGCGCAUUGAGGCACCAGCCAAUGCUUGCAUCUGGCCCAUCUCCAUCCAAGAAUAUCUUCCAAGCGGUAAAGUCAAUCGACCCCAGUAA